AGUGCUCUGAAAUCAGAUAUGAUGACUCACACUGGAGCUUACAGCCUUACAAGUGCAAAAUUUGUCUUAAGCAAUUUACUCAAGCCGGUCAUUUUAAAUCACAUAUCUUGACUCACACUGGAGUACAUUUUCAGAUGUGAAAUUUGUAUGAAGCAGUUUACUGCGGCAAGUACUUUGAAAAGACACUUGAGAAUACACACUGGAGAAAAGCCUUGCAAGUGCAAAAUUUGUUUUAAGCAGCUUACUGGAGCCGACCUUUUGAAAUCACACAUGAUGACUCACACUGGAUAAGCCUCACAGAUGUGAUAUUUGUGUGAAACAGUUUAUUCUUUUUCUUUUAUAUAGGCAGUACUGCCUGUUUUUCUUCAACGGUGCCUUUCAUUCUGUCCCUAAAUUGUCAUUCCAUCUUUUCCUUGGGCGUCCCAUACUUCUGCCUAACGGUGACUUGUCCCUGGCUAUUCUUACAAUUCUUGAUUCAGACAUCCUGCUUAUGUGUUGAUUCCACUCUUCUUUUCUGUUCUUUUCCCAGAUAUUUAUAUUGUCUACACCACAUAUGCAUCUGAUUUCCUCACUUCUUACCCUAUCCUGUAGUCCUUUUCCAGCAAUCCUUCUUAAGAUCUUCAUUUCGUUUGUUUCCAGAGGUCUUCGUGUUUUGCUUGUAUCUGGUCUUGUUUCGGCCGUUAUUCGGGCCUUUGUUUCCACUCAUAGGUGUUUGUUUUUCCAAAUUGUGUCGUUUAGGCAUCCAGCCGUUCUACUGGCUUUAAUUAUUUGGCCUUUUACCUGUGAUAUUAUCGACUGGACUAGUAUUCUUUUUACUGAUGAGUCAAGAUCCUUUGUGGAUCCGACAGACACUGCACUGUCGGAUCCACAAAGUGCAAGUCUUGACCUCAUCAAUAAAAAGAAUAUUAGCCCAGUCGUUAAUAUCCCAAUCGACAUGUUCUGGUUCAAAACUUAAACGUGUUAUACGGUGUGGACUCGUUAACAGUAGAGAAGCAGCAGCCAUUCUGGCUCUGAUUCCAAAUUCCCUUAAUCUGUUUAUAACCAAAUUGGCACUUUACGAACCGAACAUUACGAGCCACAGGCUAUGGAAAGCUCAUUUUGCAGUUGUCUAGCUAUAAUAUGAUGUGUACGCAAAGUCUUAAGAUGUAAAUAGCGUUUAUCUGCUGGGUUCGUGAACCAGGGAAGUCUUGGAACUGGUCUUCUUGUGUAUCCUCCACCUUCUCUAUACCUUCUUAAAGUACUUAAAAUACUGGAUUGGUGGAUUCACAUAGAUAUCGCCGCAACCGUCCAUCUCAAAUUAAAGCUACAAUUUGGACUGCUUGUUCUGACGUUAUUUUACUCAUUUUUUGUAAAAAACCGCACUUCCUCUUUGAAAACUCAAGCAGACAUAGUGCACAGAUCAAAUUCUCGAACACAACUGUACAAAAUAGAUAUUCUUCUUUGACAUCAUUUUGUUUAUUGUUUUUUUUUUUCGGCAAAAACACGCUUCAACUUGAAAUGUUAUGGGUUUGUAGCAGAGUUGGGUCGGAUACUGAAAAAAAGUAUCCGGUUACCGGAUACGGAUACUCAAAAUGUAUCCGGAUACUUUUUAAAAAAGUACGAAUACUUUCAUUUAAAAAUGUAUUCGGAUAGUAUCCGGAUGUUUUUUUCGGGUACUUCCUAGGAUACUUUUUUUAAGGACAUAAAUUAUUAGUAUUAGAACUAUGUGAUAUGCAUGUAUUUUUAAUGUAAUAUAUAAUAAUAAAAAUACAUUAAAUGAUGGACAAAGUGAGAAAGAAAUCAGAAAGUACUCAAAAAAUUGUUUAUUGCUUAUGAAUAAUAAAACUAGAACAUAAACUUAUAAGGAAACAUUAAAUUAAAAUAAAAACGUACUAAUACAGAAAGUAUUCCAAUUGCUGACGAAGUCAGAAGUGAAGUGCCUUUGAAAGUACCAAUACCUCAAAAGUGUUCAUCGCUUAAAGCUUUUCUUUUAGGCGUAUCCAUCAUAGUUGCAAAAGAAAAAAGUCUUUCAACUGGUGCUGACGAAGGUUGUUCAGGCGAUAAGAACAGAAUAAAAAUGAUGAAAACAACUGAACAUUCAUUUCGUGAGGAAGAAGGUUUGGGUAGAUACAUUGAAGAAAGAACAUUAAGUAAAAAUAUGAAAAUUCAAGCUGGACAUAUACCAUACACGUGUGCAAUUUGUUUAAAACAAUUUUCCCGUCGAUUUAAUCUGAAAAAACAUUCGUUAAUACAUACUGGAGUAAAUGCUCACAAAUGUGAAAUUUGUUUGAAGCUGUUUACUCAAGCCAGUAGUUUGAAGUCGCACAUGAUGACUCACACUAUAGAAAACCCGUACAAGUGUGAUAUUUGUUUUAAGCAGUUUACUAAAACCAGUCAUUUGAAAUCACACAUGAUGACUCACACUGGAGAAAAGCCUUACAAGUGCGAGAUUUGUUUAAAGCGGUUUACUAAAGCUACUCAUUUUAAAUCACAUAUGAUGGCUCACAUCAAUCCUCAUAAAUGUGAAAUUUGUUUGAAGCAGUUUACUGAGGCAAAUAGUUUGAAAAAACAUUUGAUAACCCACACUGGAGAAAAGCUUUACAAGUGUGAAAUUUGUUUUAAGCAGUUUACUCGAUCCAGUAGUUUGAAAUCACACAUGAUCACUCACGCUGGAGAAAGUCCUUACAAGUGUGAUAUUUGUUUGAAGCAGUUUACUGAGGCAGGUAACUUGAGAAGACAUUUGAGAACUCACACUGGAGAAAAGCCUUACAAGUGUCAUAUUUGUUUGAAACAGGUUACUCAAGCCAGUAGUUUGAAAUCACACAUGAUGACUCACACUGGAGAAAUGCCUUAUAAGUGUAAAAUUUGUUUGAAGCAGUUUAUUGAGGCAGGUUCUUUGAAAAACCACUUGAGAAUACACACUGGAGAAAAGCCUUAUACGUGUGAUAUUUGUUUUAAGCAGUUUAUUAGAGCCGGUCAUUUGAAACGACAUAUGAUGACUCACACUGGAGAAAAGCCUUAUAAGUGUGAUAUUUGUUUGAAGCACUUUACUCAGGCAAUUAAUUUGAAAACACAUUAUUUAAGAACACACACUGGAGAAAAGCUAGAUUUAUAGUUUGACGGACUGUGGACGUAGACGCGCUGGCGACGCCGACGUAAGGAACGGACUGUAACUAUUAUGUCAAUUUAUAAAUCGACGGAGUGGAAUUUUUACGCAUGAGUAGAGAGUAGAAACAGUGGCUCUGGACUAGCUAAGCUAGAGUUUAAUUCAACAUAACCUCAUAACCUGUAAGUUAUAGGAACAAUAAACAAACUGUGUUUAUUUAUACUAUUAUUUAAAAUAUUUAUCCAUUUUGCGUGUUACAAUGGAUUAUGAAAUACACGAAGGUAUGCUCCUUGGUGCUGUGGGAUUUCUAACUAUUUUGUUUCAUUACUUGGUCUUUAAAAUGUUUAUUGGAUUUAUCGUAUAUGUGUGGAUAACCCCGAAUUAGGCUAAUUAGCAACUCAUAUUUAACUGAAAUAUUGAAAUUACAUUAUUAUGAUAUCUUUUUAUUAAUUAUUAACGUAACAUCCAUUGUAACAAAUAAUUAACAAAAUUCGAAAUGUUGAUAAACAACUUUACAAAAUGGAAAGCAGAAUUCUUCCUUUUGAUUGGUCAAACGUAAGAAACGCACUGUAAAAGAUGAAAGUUCGCCAACUCUUCCGUUCCAGUACGUUUCUCUUACGUUCCGUCAUGCAUGCGUUUACGUUCAUUUAUAAACAAAAGUACACAAAAUUCUGUAUUGAUCUUCUUCCAGUCCGUUUACAUCUACCGUCAAACUAUAAAUCCAGAUCUACACGUGUCAUAUUUGUUUGACACAGUAUCCUUGAGCUAGUAGUUUGAAAUCACACAUGAUGACUCAUACUGGAGAAAAGCCUUAUAAGUGUGAUAUUUGUUCCAAGCAGUUUACUCAAACCAGUCAUUUAAAAUUGCAUAUGAUGACUAAUACUGGAGAAAAGCCUUUUAAGUGUGAUAUUUGUUUUAAGCAGUUUACUGAAGCAGUUUGAAGCGAAAAACAAUAUUUGUUUAUCAAAUAAAUAUUUUUUCCUGUUUUCGGACAACAGUAAAAUGUAUUUCGAAUUAAAUAAAUUAUAUACAUUC